UGGGCGCAGCUGGGGAUGGGGGCUGCUGGCUGGUGCUGCUGCCCAGGCCCCGGGCGGAGGUGGCACUGCCCCAGCUGGGGCGAGGUCAUGGCGCUGAGGUCACAAAGGCACCACAGAAUAUUGCCAGCAUCUGCCCGCGGGCCGGGCGCAGCCUGGGGAGGGUUGGAGACACCGCCGGCCCCGCCAGGGACGCCGCCUCCUCCGCAGGCACUGCCACCGCCUGCCCCAUGCACAGAGACCAUGGCAGAGCGUGAGUAGUCCUGUCCCCUCUGCAGCAGCCUGCCCUCUCGGGCACUCAGGACCAUCUCGCCUGCCCCUAGCCCCAUGGUCUGUGGAGCAGGGGGCACCGGCCAGGCACCAGUGUCCUUGAGCUGGUGCUAUGAGGCUGGGGAUGGCAGCACUCAGGGCUGGGGCAGGCUCUGUUUGAUCCCUGGCUGCUUGGCGGGCGGAUGGCAUGGCCCCAAGACAUGCUGGGAGGAUGCCCCGUGGGGGGCUGGCGUGGCCUGUCAGCCCUGGGCAGGUGGAGCGUAGCUGGGGUCUGAGUGGUGCAGGGCAGUGGGGUAGAUGAACGGGCAGUGAGAGGGUGAUGGGGCCAGCCAGGGGCUUUGUGCUGCCUCCCCCAUGCCCGACCUGCCUCCUGGUGCCAGUGCUGGGGCCGUGUCCCAGCAGAGCAAUGCCAGUGCAGGUACCUGGGAGCCCCAGGCGCUUGCCAGGCUGCACUGCCUGCGCCACCAUUGUGUCCUCAGCCGGGCGGCUGUUAUCCCAGCUCCAGGCAUCUGUCCACUCCCCUUGGUGCACUGGGGUAAAUGUUUCAUGCAUCUGUGCCUCCCCCACCGCCAGGCCUGGCUCUCUCCAUGUAUGUAGGCCUUCUCACCUAGCCAGGUCGCCAGCUCCCCCUGCCCUGUCCCCCCAGCAGCCCUCGAUGUGCCCCUGCUGCCCAGCGACGACAGCCUAAUGGCAGAUGCCACCGACAUGGACCCGACACUCGUGUUCGACCAGGAGGAGCAGUUUGCAGCAAACAGGGUGUUCAGCCGCGGCAGGGUCGCUGCCACCUAUGACCAGGACGCUGCUCCGCCUGCCCAGGACAGUGUCUUCAGCAUCAAGUCCGAGUAUGAGCUGGCAGCCGAGGGCCCUGAGCCCAGCACCAAGGCAGACACCAGCCAUGCCCAGCCCUCCGCACCGGAGCAGGAGCCAGAGCUGGAGGUGAAGCUGGAGCCGAAACCAGAGCUGAAGCUGGAGCUGAAAUCAGAGCCAGACCAGGAGCCAAAACUGGAGCUGAAACCAGAGCCGGAGCCAGAGCCAAAGCUGACACCAGUGGUGGAGCUGAAGCCGGAGCAGGAGUUGGUUGCUGGAACAACACAGGAGAACAAAAGCGAGGGCCCAAGAGAGCCAGGGGAGGAGCUGCCCAUCCCGAUGGAGCAGGCUAUGCCCGCAGGCCCCAGCACAACACAGGCCGUGAUCCCUGGCCCCACGCUCACGGCUGCCCCGAGCCCCGCCACUACCGUGGCCAAAGGCAUCCAGGCCCUGUUGGGCUGCAAGGUGGGGCAGCUCGUGCUGCGCAGCAUGGACCGGGCGCUGGACACCUCUGAGGAGUGGCUGGACCGCUGCCUGCCCCUGCCAGACCGGGUGCUGGGCACCGAGGGGCUGCUGGCUCUGCCCCCACCACCGUGCAGCAAGCCGGGCUGCCUGCUGCGGCUCAGCGCCCUGUCCAGCAGCCUGCGCAACCGCGCCCUGGCCCUGGCCCUCAGCAAGCUGCAGCGCACCCGGCGCAACGUCCGCCAGAGCCUCUCCCAGCUGCACCAGACAGUCGACUUGAUUGAGACCAUCCAGCAGGGCAGAGAGAAGCAAGAGCAGAGCAGCCAGGACAAGCUGCAGGCUAUGUGGGCACACUGGCGCCGCAGGCAGGAGCUGGGCCAUGAAAGCGGGCCAGGGGGCAGCCAGGAGGGGGCACCCCACGCCAUAGGAGGUGGCACCCCGGCACUGGAGGUGGAGACCCAGGCCCUGGCUAUAUCCCGCAACCUGACCCAGGAGCUGCAGAGCACCUACCUGAACCUGAUGGCCGGUGUCCAGGGGCUGCCUGCCAGCCUGCAGGAGAAGAUGCAGCAGGUGCACCAGAGCAUGGCUGAGCUGCAUGCCUUCUUCUCCUCCGCCACCUCCUUCCAGGACCUGUCCAGCGCCGUGCUAGCCCAGAGCCGCGAGCGCGUGGCCAAGGCCUGGGAAGCCAUGGAUGAGCUGGUGGAGUUCCUGGUGCAGAACCCACCAGUGACAUGGCUGAUGGAGUCGCUGGCUCAGGACAGGCAGCCUGGGCAGGACGAGGGGGAACGGCGGGACAUCCUCCGUGUGCUCAAGGACUACGAGCCUCAGGACUGCGGGGACUGAGACUAGGGGCAAUGCUGCCUGUUCCAGCUGUCCCCAGCCCUGAGGCCUGUGCUGGUGACUUAUGAUGGCCAGUGCCUCUCAUUUUCUGGGGCUGUACUCACCUCUGGGGCUUGUCCUCAUCGCAGGCCUGUUCCCUCAUUAAUAAGCCACUGCUGCAGGAUCCUGCUGGCCUUGUCCUUGGAGAAGAGUGCGGGUGGGAGUGGAUCUUGCCUGCAGGGAGGAGCUGGCAUCUGCAGCUGAGCGACUGGUGCCAUGUAGCCACAAGCUAUUCGACGUGGUGCAGCCACCGCUGAACUGCCCCGGGCAAGAGCGUCAGACAGGAAAGGACAAACACCAGGCUCAGUCUCAUCAAGGCCAAGUCCAGAGGGCACGUCCCGGUCCCGGCGCAGUGCAGGGGUGAGCGUGUGCGACCAUGAGAUGUUAGGGGGCCAUGAUCUAACUCGCCCUCCUGGCCUUCAACUCGGUGCCUCUCUGCCCUGGCCCUUUAGCCAGCCCAAUGCGUGUGUGUGUGUGCGUGUGCGCACACACGGACGUGCGUGCACAUGCAUGUACAGGAGAGCCUGGAGCUCACUGGACUACAGAUUCCCAGAAAGAAAAGCAGCUACAGAAGCGAGCGCAGCCGCAAGGCUCCUACCACGUCCAUCUUGGCUGCAGCCCAACUCAGCUCGAGGCCCCCUCUCCUCACCCUGCCCCGAGCACUGCAACUGGGUAUCAGGUCCAAAAGCGCAGGGGGCAGGGGAAGGAGGGAGUCUCACCCUGUUUAUAUCACCAGGGAUUUGGCCCAAACCCAGGAGACUGCAGCUCCUGGGGCAGGCAGGGGCAAGGGGAGAUGGACCCAUCUUGAUGGCCAUCUGAGGUUGACUUGAUGGGCCAUUGAGUCAACCUUGGGAGGCAAUGGAUUAAUUCUUGGCUUUCCCACUGGCACCCUGUGCUCUUGGCCAUGUCCCUUGUCUGUGAAAUGGAAAGAAAGGGUGAAGAGCAGAAAAAGCACUGCUUGCUUGGUCCAUUUAAAACCUACAAGCCCCUCCAGGAAGGCUCAGCCUGGACUUAAAACCUUCUCCCGUCUCAGUACCAGCUGGAGCAAAAGGCAGUACCCAACACAGCCUUGCCCUUCCUGCUCAGACAACAGCUCUGCCUACUAAAGGGGGCAAUUCAGGGGAGAGGGCACUGCUUCAGGGAAGCACACGCUGCUUCUCCAGCAAGGGGUGUGGCUGUGCAGACCCAUCCUCAGCACCCAGCUGGCAGGACCUCUACCCCAGUGGUUCUCGGCCUGGCUGGACUCCAGCCCUCCAGCCCAGAACACGCCAGCUCUUUGCUCUCACUCAUUUCUCAACAAUGGAAAAAUACCAGAGCCCUUCAUCUGUGGCAAAGAGCUCAAAAGACAGCGACAGGCAGAGCUGUUUCCACACAUCGUUCCCCUGGGGAAUCAUCAGGUGCAUCUGGGAAGCCAUGUGUAGGUGGUUGCACCUUGCAGCGCUCAUAGGAAAGGAUUGCACGGAGCCCCGCUUGGGAAUCACGGCUCUACCCCUCACCCUGUGGAGAAGAGUAGAGAACUCAAGUAACCUCCACAGAGCCCGCCCUGUGCUGGCUGCAGCUGGGCUGGUGUUCACCAAGUCAAAGGGCCCGGGCUUUUAUUUGGGUUUUGUUCAUAGAAACACAGGGCACAAGGUGGCUACGAGAGGCCCAAACCCCUGGGCUGCCACAGCUGCCCCAGUCUGGCAGGGUGCUGAGCACAGCUGGGUUCCCGCAGCUGGCACAGGGACAAGGCCACGCAACGCUGUGCUUGGACCGCAGGGCAAACAACAGGCUGACACAUGGCCUCCUUGUCAGCUGGGCAAGUCUUUAUUGUACAGGUACAAAAGCUUCAGAUCCUUGCAAAAAAAAGACAGGCAGACAGAGAGACAGACAAACAGAUCCAACCCUGCCGGCCACCCCUGCUCCCCCGAGCAACAGGGACUGAGUAGCAGCUAUCCCUCACCUCCGGCCCCCCUCUACAGCCAGCGCAGUAUCCCUAGAGAACGCUCCAUCCUCCUGCUGGAGGAAUGAGACGCCGAGAGCCAAAUCGGGCGUCUCUGGCAGUCCCAUAGAUGUCACGGGAUGGGGCCGAGGGCUCCAGAUUGGGGGAGCACAGGGUGCUGGCUGCUGGGAUGGCUUCUGCUUACAAGGCUGGGGGAGCCUGACCUGCACAGCGCGGCCACACAAAGGGCGGUCACUAGAACCCACAAUGAAAAGGAUGCUCACACCUUGCUGGUGCCUUCUGGUCCUUGCCAGCUGGAAGUUUUAGCCCUAGAGAGCCAGCCUGGUGCCAAGGUCUGCUCUGGGCCCCACACUCCUUCUGGAAAAGGCAGGGGUCUAGGAUGAGACUGUCCAAAGCCAGCUGGGAGCGGGUGGCCACCCUGGUGCCCCUGGCUGGUGGAGAGGGGCACAGACUCCAGCGCUGGGCAGGGAAUUAGCCUGGGAGCCUGGUGUGAUUCUCCAGCUCCCAUCCCCAAGUGUGGCCACUUGGGCAGAAACCAUUGGCACCUGCUUCCUGCCCAUCCCCGCGAGCUGCAGCCAGCAGCAGAGCGAGACAAACAGACGGCUGAGGGAGAGCGUUCAUUAAAAAACCCUUUAUAGUCAUUUCAUGUCGGCUCCAAUCACAAGGAAUCAGGUAGGGACGGGGUGGGGGACGAGGAGGAAAAAAAAAAAAACAGAA